ACCUAAUGACCUCUGGAAACACCAUUCCGAAAUUUGCAAGCAGAGCGUGAGGAUGGGAGAAAUGCAAGAUCAGUGUGUUGUGAUAUUACCCAAUAUGGUGGACGACAUCGGGCUUCUGUGUCUAGCCCGGCUGCCUCAUUCGUGCAGGGCCAAGGCGCGGUGUGUGUGUCGGUCGUGGAGACGCGCCCUCGCAAAUCCCUCUUCUCUUCGGCGCUCCUUCAAUCUUCAAUCCGCCCCGGAGCACUGCCUUUUCAUUGCCCUCUUCGACACAGACUGCGAUCCCUCCUACUUGCGCGCCACUGAGCACAACACGAGAUGGUUGUUCAUCCACCCUUCCUCCCUCCAAACCACUGAGCCUCUGCCCAAUCCUCUCUCGCAAAUCUCUACCGACCGCCUGAAUCUCAGAAGCGUGGCCGCCACAAGCGCAAACCUUUUCUUGCCUGACAUUCCCGAUAACAAAAUCGAGGGGUUCCAGUCUUACAACGCAGAACACCGGCGACGGAGCGCGGUUCCGUUCGCUGCGCCCGACUAUAAACACGUCAGAUUGUACGCCUGCGCUGCGCUGGGCGACUUGGUUUUUUUCAGCGGCGGGCAGAACGAUGUCACCGGAACGGCACAAUCGAGUGGUUGUAUGUACGACGCAGCGAAAUGUCGAUGGGAAAUCCUUCCGAACAUGAUAAAGCUGAGAAUUGAUUGCACAGGCAUCGUUAUGGACGGCAAAUUUGUUGUGAUCGGGGGCUCUUACAAUGACGGGCAGUUUAUGCGGGUGCAUGCUUCGGGUGAGGCAUACGACCCGAAGACUGGCAGAUGGACGCUGUUGCCCGAUCUGUGGGCCAAUGGACUCAACUAUGUUGAUGAGUCGAAUGCUGCGCAACCGGGAGUCGCAGUGGUAGGGGGUCACACGCUCUACACGUUGCAGUCCCAUUCGAAUGAGUUAAUGAGAUUCGAUCCUUUGAUCAACAGGUGGGUGAGUGUGGGAUUCGUUGGAGGUGAGUUGCAGAGAAAUCCGUGCUUGAGUUACAAAGUGAUUGCUGUUGGAGAGGAGUUGUGGGUGGUAGAGCACGCCAUGGGAAGGGACAUCCGUAUCCACGCUGGUAUGCCGCCAAAGAAUUGCAGGGAUGGAAGGACGGUCCUCAAUUUCAGGGAAGUGAAGUUACCGGAACUAGAGGGCUUUGAUCAUGUGUUGACAUGCACAGUCUUGGCGCUAUGAAUGCAUGCACAAAAAGAUUUUAAUGAUGUCUAGAGGCCAAACAAUUUGAGGGAUCAAGAACUGCGGUUUUAAGUUAUCUUCAAACUUAUUUCAUGUCGGAUCUUUUAUUAUAAAUCUUACUAAUCCUUGCUUCCUCAAUGAAUAUGUGUUUAGCUAAGUACGUCCAAAUUGCUACAAAGUGCAUUUUUCCUAGCAUUUGUAACACAGGUGUGGGGAUUCAAUUUCAGAGAUUACGAGUAGAUCAGAGAUCUCUAUAGAUCUUCAUCUAAUGUAUCAGAAAUUUUUAAUUUUGAUAAACGAUUGUUGAGGUCCCACAUUAUGAUGUCCCAACCGCCCUACCUACAACGCCUUUUAACUUUCGGUGGGAUGUAGGUGUCUUCCACUCCGAUGUAUUCUGUUGUCAUCAUUCUCAGAUUGUCCAUAAUUUUAUUUCAGCUAUUUUGUUUUUUGCUUUU